UAACCAGAAGCAUUUUCCUCUUCACCAUUACACGCGUUGUUCGCGUUAACAUCUCAUUCUAAUUUGGAAUCUCAAGUCUUUCUUUCUCUUCCCUUGUUAUUUAAUCUUCUCUUUCUUUUCCAAAUGUUUUGUCUCUCUCAUUAUCUUUGUCUUCCUCUUCCUAUUGAUUGACACACUCUCUCUCAAAUAUACAAAUAUACAUAUACAAAGACUCUCACUCUCUCCAAAGGUGAUGAGAAUUAAUUCUAUUCUCAGUUGUAUCUCUCAUCUUAUCCAUUGAUUUUCUUCAUCAUCUCUUUGGUUAUUGUCAAAAUUUCUGGGUUACCGGUUGUUCCUGGUAUAUGCGCCUACCAGAGUUUCAUUCAUCUUCUUCUUCUCUUUCUUUCUCUUCCUUUUUCUCUCUCUCUCUCUCACUCUCUUGGUUUUCUCUUCUUCUUCUUCUCUCUCUCUCCUCCUCCUCCUCCUUCUUCAACCUUUAUGUGCAUUUGUUUACAUUUCUCUCAUUUUUAGCUUGGAAGAUCAAAGAGAGAGGUUAAGGUUUCUCUCUCUUUCUAUUUUGUAAAUUCUAAUUUAAAUCAUCAUCAUCAUCAUCUACCUGUGUCUUAAUCUCUUUCUGAUAAUCAAUCCAGUUAAUUUCCUUUCUUAAUCCAUGUGUCCAUCAACAUAUCCACCCACAUAAUCAACAUUAUCAUCAUUUUAAUACAAUUUACCUUUAGCAUUUUAUUAUCAUUCUUAAUUUUAACCAACUUGAUCAUCUUAACAUAGAUUAUAAAUAUCACCUUGACAGUGAUAUUUUCUUGUAAAUGAUAGUUUUAUUGUCAUUAUAAUCAUCAAAUUGUUGCCUGUCAGUUAAUUACCAUGGAAACAUUGCUAAUUAACUAUGAAAAUGCCAUUUCUCCAACUAAUAAAUGUUCAUCAUCAUCUUCAUCAUCAGUAUCAACCUUGAUUCCUGAGCCAUUAAUUGGUGUUGGCUCUUCAACCAGUGUAAAUCUGGUCUCUGGUUCAACCACAACAAUCAACACCAACAACAACAACAAUCAAAAUCAAAAUAAAUACAAUCUAACCAAUGAUAAUCAAUCAAAUGAAAAGGUAACAUCAUUAAGCUCAAAUUGUAUCAAUUCAAAUUCAAAUGGUUACAAUUUACUUAAGAAAAGUGUCUCAUUAACAUUAAAUUCAAGUGAACAUGAUGAUAAUCAACAAAGUGCCAUUAUUACAAGUGAAUCAUCAUCAUCAUCAUCAACAACAUCAAUUAAAAGUUUCAUCAACAACAACAACAAUUUAACCCGAAACACUAACAAUGGAUUAAGUAGUUAUCGGGGUUGUUACAGUGCUACAAAUACACCAAUUAAAUCAAUAAAUUGUGGACAAUUAUUCAACGAUUAUCCCAGUGAUCUAUUAUCAUCUUGUCCAUCAGUAAGGUUGUCAUCACCAUCAUCAUCUCCACCUCCACCACCACCACCAAGAUCAACAAAAGAAAAACAAAUCACUGAGAUUAACGAUUAUACACCAACCAUGGUUUCUGAACAUUUAUCAAUAGUUUCACCUUCAUCUUGCUAUCAAAGUGACCAUGAUGUUGACAGUGGACCCAAAAGUUUACCUGCUUAUCCAUCAACCUUAUUGUCACCAACAAAUUCAACAUCAUCUUCAUCUUCAUCUAAUAUGAUGACCAAAUGGGAUAGAGAAUCACUUUAUUCUGGAUCAGGAUCAAUUGAUGAUGGAUUAUUAACCCAAAAUGGUUCAAUUGUUUGGGAUAGAGAAUCAGAUUGGAUUUUAUUAUUCGAUGAGAUGUUGAAAUUAAAAGGAACCAAUAGACAAGGAUCAGAAGAUUGUAUCUGUCGGCGAAAAUAUUCCGAUUCUCUCAGAAUGAAAGCAUCCCAAGGAAUUACAUCUUCACCAUCUCAAUCGGUAUCAUCCACAGUCUCAUCACUAUCGUCUUACAAUGAGAUCGACAAUAUGAACAAUUUGAAACUGAGUCCACUGAAACGAGCAUCGUCUUUGCCUCCAUCUCGUCGAGGUGUUUCUCCCAAUAUAAGAAUCGCAUCUCAAUUAGCUGCUAAUUGUCCUGGAGCUGCUGAUGAAGAAAUGUUCAUCAAGUCCUUUGAAGAUGUUCCUAUGAUCCAUUUUGGUUCAACGAAAGAAUUGGAGGAUGAAUUGUCUCGAAUAAGAGAUUGGUUGGGAGGAAAGAGCUCCGAUUGGACUAAACGGAUAAAUGGUCUAAAGAGACUUCGAUCAGUUCUCAUGUCAAAUUCUACCGAUAUGAAAAUAUUUCUCGAAUGGUUUAAAGGCUUAGAAUUAGCUUUUAUCCCGUGUGUCAAAGAUCUGAGAUCUCAAGUAGUUCGAGAGACUUGUUUCACGAUCGCUUAUAUCUCACAGAAACUUGGACUGAAAGCAUCUCGAUUCUGUGAGAUGUUACUUCUUAUUCUUAUCUCAUUAAUACCCAAUAGUGUCAAAAUAAUGUCUUCAUCUGCGACAGUCGCCAUAAGGUUCAUUAUCCAAUAUACUCGAUCAUCUCGAUUUAUUCCUGUGAUCGCGUAUAAUAUGAACUCAAAGUCAAAAGAGAUUCGAAAAGCGUGUUGUGAGUUUUUAGAUCAAAUUCUACAUACAUGGUCAACAUCGUCUCUAGAGAAACACGGGAUUACUCUUCAAGAAGCUAUACGAAAAGGAAUAUCUGAUGCUGAUCCAGAGGCUCGACAAUUUGCUCGAAAAGCUUUUUGGGGAUUCGCAGAUCAUUUUAGAGAAUCAGCCGAUUCUUUACUUCAAUCACUUGAUCCAUCGAAACAGAGGAUUCUUCAUGGAGAAGCUUUCGGUCAACAACAACAACAACAACCACCACCGCCAAGAACUUUGUCCAAUUUGAGUAAAGUUUCAGGUCGAGGAAGCACCGGAUCAUUGAGCCAACACGAUGGUCCAUUAAGUGGAAGAUACACUAAUAAUAAAUCAUCAUCGUUCCAAUUACCGUCUUCUUUAUCUUCUUCGUUCACAUCACCUUCCAUUCGGAAAACCUCCACUAGUUCCUUGGUCUCUCCUGUCACAUCUUCUCUCUCAUCUUCUUACUCUUCACAUUAUAGUAAAUUACCUUCGGUUACCAAUUCGAACUCGACCCAAAAUCCACCGGUGGAAAAUUCAUCUCGUAUUUUACCCAAUUCCAAGCAACAGCCUCCUUCUUACUUACCGAGAAUCAGAUGUACUCUUCCCAAAUAUCAGCCAUCUUCUUCCUUAUCAUCUUUUUCCUCAUCAUCUUCAGGUACUUACUUAAAUUACGGAUCAACACUACGGUCAACCAGUGCCAUUGAUGCGGAUGCAGCUCGUCGAGCACGAACUCGAGCAGUGGCCAUUUCAUCAGCAAUUAAACCAAAAGUUAAUCAAAUCAGUUCAUCGAUGUCCAAUGGUAAUCAUGAUAAAGAAUCCAAAGAGUUGACAUAUUCACCAUCACAAUCAGUAUCGUCGACUGUUUCAUUGAUACCAUCUUAUAACGAUAUCGAUGCGAAAUUGAGUCCACUGAAACGAGCAUCGUCUUUGCCUCCAUCUCGUCGAGGUGUUUCUCCCAAUAUAAGAAUCGCAUCUCAAUUAGCUGCUAAUUGUCCUGGAGCUGCUGAUGAAGAAAUGUUCAUCAAGUCCUUUGAAGAUGUUCCUAUGAUUCAUUUUGGUUCAACGAAAGAAUUGGAAGAUGAAUUGUCUCGAAUAAGAGAUUGGUUGGGAGGAAAGAGCUCCGAUUGGACUAAACGGAUAAAUGGUCUAAAGAGACUUCGAUCAGUUUUAAUGUCAAAUUCUACCGACAUGAAAAUAUUUCUCGAUUGGUUUAAAGGCUUAGAAUUAGCUUUUAUCCCGUGUGUCAAAGAUCUGAGAUCUCAAGUAGUUCGAGAGACUUGUUUCACGAUCGCUUAUAUCUCACAGAAACUUGGCCUGAAAGCAUCUCGAUUCUGUGAGAUGUUACUUCUUAUUCUUAUCUCAUUAAUACCCAAUAGUGUCAAAAUAAUGUCUUCAUCUGCGACAGUCGCCAUAAGGUUCAUCAUCCAAUAUACUCGAUCAUCUCGAUUUAUUCCUGUGAUCGCGUAUAAUAUGAACUCAAAGUCAAAAGAGAUUCGAAAAGCGUGUUGUGAAUUUUUAGAUCAAAUUCUACAUACAUGGUCAACAUCGUCUCUAGAGAAACACGGGAUUACUCUUCAAGAAGCGAUACGAAAAGGAAUAUCUGAUGCCGAUCCAGAGGCUCGACAAUUUGCUAGAAAAGCUUUUUGGGGAUUCGCAGAUCAUUUUAGAGAAUCAGCCGAUUCUUUACUUCAAUCACUUGAUCCAUCAAAACAGAGGAUUCUUCAUGGAGAAGCUUUCGGUCAACAACAACAACAACCACCACCGCCAAGAACUUUAUCCAAUUUGAGUAAAGUUCCAGGUCGAGGAAGCACCGGAUCGUUGAGUUCAUCAUACACUUAUAAUAAAUCACCAUCGUUCCAAUUACCGUCUUCUUUAUCUUCUUCGUUCACAUCACCUUCGAUUCGGAAAACCUCCACUAGUUCCUUGGUCUCUCCUGUCACAUCUUCUCUCUCAUCUUCUUACUCUUCACAUUAUAGUAAAUUACCUUCGGUUACCAAUUCGAACUCGACCCAAAAUCCACCGGUGGAAAAUUCAUCUCGUAUUUUACCCAAUUCAAGCAACAGCCUCCUUCUUACUUACCGAGAAUCAGAUGUACUCUUCCUAAAUACCCGCCAUCUUCUUCUUUAUCGUCAUCCUUUUCCUCGUCAAUCUCUUCUUCCCCAUCAUCCUCUCCCUCAUCGUCAACUUCAUCCUCAUCUUCAAUACCAGGUACUUACUUAAAUUACGGAUCAACACUUCGGUCAACCAGUGCCAUUGAUGCCGAUGCAGCUCGUCGAGCACGAACUCGAGCAGUGGCCAUUACCCCGACAGUUAAAUCGAAAGCUAAUCAAACUAAUCCAAUUGCCAAUGGCUCUAAUGAUAAUUCACAAAGAAAACCCUCACCACCAACACCCGUGGUAAUUAAUAAAUCAAAAGAUGAUGUUUACAAUAAUGGGACUAAACUAUCAACCGAUAUGAUUAACUCCCUUGAAUGUGAUAAUUAUUACAACAAUAUGAUUAACUACAUAUCUCAAUGUCUUAUGCAAGAAUUCAUUAAAAAUUAACCUCGUUUUUUAAGCCCAAUUUUUGGUUAAUUGUCAAAAAUUUUGUAAAAACUUAAACUAAAAUCAAAAUAAACUUUUUCUUAAACGAUCAAAAA